AUGGGCAACGAGGCCAGUCUGGAGGGCGGCGGCGAGGACGGGCAGCUCCCGCCCGCCGCCGCCACCACCGGGGCCCCACCGCCCCCCGCCGCCUCCGCCGCCGCCGCCUCCAAGCCGCCUUCAGCACCGGGCGGCGGCGGACAGCUCCCGGGAGGCGCGCCCGCGCAUGGGCCCAGCACGACGAGGAGACUGGAGCAGCCAGAUCAGGCCCCAGGCCAGCGCUCGGCAUCCCCCUCCCUGUCCCAGGCUGCCUCCAGCUCCCCCAGCCCCCGGGACAUGAGGGGCCGGGGCCAGGGCCAGGGCCAGCCCGGACCACCACCGGCGGAGGGGCAGCGGAAGAUGCUGCAGGUGGACAGCAGGACCCAGGGCUCGGGGAGGUCCCCCUCGGUCUCACCAGAACGGGCCAGUACCCCCACUUCUCCCUACUCGGUGCCGCAGAUUGCCCCGCUCCCCAGCAGUACGCUCUGCCCCAUCUGCAAGACAACAGAGCUCACCUCCACAUCUGGCCAGCCCAACUUCAAUGCCUGCACCCAGUGUCACAGCAAAGUCUGCAACCAGUGUGGCUUCAACCCCAACCCACACCUGACCCAGGUGAAGGAAUGGUUGUGCUUGAACUGCCAGAUGCAGCGGGCGCUGGGAAUGGACAUGACCACUGCUCCUCGCUCCAAGAGCCAGCAGCAGCUGCACUCUCCUUCACCAUCCCCCUCCCACUCCCCCGCCAAACACCCACUGCCCCCAGCUGCAGAGAAGUCUCCUCCAGUCACCCGUGCCCUGCAGCCCGAGCCACCCAAGCCUCACCCCACCACACCGCAGAGGGAACCACACAGCCAAGGCCAGCCAAAACCUCCAGAGGCGGCCAGGUCCUCCCCGCAGCAUCAGCAAGCCAAGCCUUCCCCCUCCGAGCAGAGAAAGAUGACAGGAGAUGCGGGGGCAAAGCCUGCUGCCCCAGCCCCCGGGCCUGGAGCCCAGGAGCAGCCCCAGGAGGGGCUCACAGGGAAGCUUUUUGGCUUUGGGGCAUCCCUCCUGACCCAGGCGAGCACACUCAUGUCUGUCCAGCCAGAGGCUCCCCCUCCCAGCCAGCCGUCCCCUGGCAAAGUGCCUCCAAAAAUUGUCUUCAGUGAUGCCAGCAAAGAAGCUGGUCCCAAAGCCCCGGGGGCGCAGGGCCGGGCUGCUGCCACACCGGUGGCCAAGCCAACCAAGCCAGAGCAGGGUGUCAAGCCAAAGGAAGUGCCGAAAGCAAGGGUCUCAUGCCCCCUCUGCAAGGCAGAGAUCAACGUGGGGUCCGCGAGCCCCCCCAACUACAACACCUGCACAACCUGCCACCAGCAGGUCUGCAACAUGUGUGGCUUCAACCCCACGCCUCACCUGGUAGAGAAAAACGAAUGGCUGUGCUUGAACUGCCAAACUCAGCGGUUGCUCGAAGGCAGUCUUGGCGACCCUGCCCCGAUGCCGCUGCCUGCCCCAAAGCAACCGCCCUCCGGCUCCCCACGCCACCAGCCACCAGCCACUGGCCAGCAGCCAAGAGCACCUGCCCCAGCACCCACCCAGGCACCGGCACCCCCCGAGCCGCAGCCCUCACCUGCCAGGAGCCUGCGGGCUGCCGAGCAGACCCGGGCCCCUAGCCCUGUCCCAGUGGAGAAGAAGCCGCCAGUACCGGCAGAGGAAAAGCCACUGCCCAAAGCUGCCCCAGAGCCUUCCAGAGUUCCUGAGAGCACCAUGCUGAAGGGGAAGAGUGCUACCCCAAAACUGGAGGCCGAGAGCAAGGAGAGCAGGGAGAGCCAGGAAAGCCGGGCACCCUCCGAGGCGCCGCGGGCGAAGGAGCAGGAGGACGGGAGCAAGCCUUAUCCCCCAGACCUGUCCCGCAGCCCCCAGAGCCUGAGCGACACCGGCUACUCCUCUGAUGGUAUCUCCAGCUCACAGAGUGAGAUCACGGGCCUGGUGCAGCAGGAGGAGGAGAAGUUGAGUGGCACCGGGCUAUCUGGGCAGAGCCCCCCCAGCCCUUCUGAGCUGACCAAGCUGGAGAGCAGCAUGCGGCCCCUCCUGGAAGGCCAGGGCGCCCCACCGGCCCCUGCUGAGCACAGCAAGGUUCUCCCAGAGCCACGGGAGGAGCAACGGCAGCGGCAGCGGCCACGGUACCUCUCCAUCACUCCUGAAGCCUUUGACUCAGAUGAGGAGCUGGAGGACAUCCUGGAGGAGGAUGAGGACUCACUGGAGUGGGAGAACCAGCGGGAGCGGCGGGAGAGUGCAGAGUCCUCGGAUGAGUUUGGCAGCAAGCUGCGGCAUGACUACGUGGAGGACAGCAGCGAGGGGGGCUUCUCCCCAGUACCCCCCCAGCCGAAGGGCCGGGAGGUGGAGAUGAACGAUGAGGAAUUUAUGCGGAGACAGAUCUUGGAGAUGAGUGCAGAAGAGGACAACCUUGAGGAGGAGGAGGAGGGCUAUGGGCGUGCCAAAUAUGGUGUCUCCAAAGGUGGGCAGAAGGCCGAGGUGGAGAAGGGCAAAGAGCCAGCAUCAGGCAAGCGGCGCCUGCCACAGGGCCCUGGCAGCCUGUACAAGGAGGAGAGGAAGGAGACAGAGGUGGCAGAGGGCGAGGACUUGAGCACAACCCAGGGGGGACUGCGACGCUUCAAGACCAUAGAGCUAAACAGCACAACUGGCUAUGGACGGGAGAUGGAGGCGAGCCAGGAGGCAGACACCAGCCUGGACCGGGAGCCCGAGCUGGAGAUGGAGAGCCUGACAGGCUCCCCUGAGGAGCGCUCCCGGGGUGAGUACUCCUCCACCCUGCCAGCCACGACACCUAGCUAUACCUCAGGCACGUCACCCACCUCCAUCUCCUCCCUGGAGGAGGACAGUGACAGCAGCCCCAGCCGCCGGCAGAGGCUAGAGGAGGUGAAGCAGCAGAGGAAGGCUCGCCACCGCUCGCAUGGCCCCUUGCUGCCCACCAUUGAGGACUCAUCCGAGGAGGAGGAGCUGCGGGAGGAAGAGGAGCUGCUGAGGGAGCAGGAGAAGAUGCGGGAGGUGGAGCAGCAGCGCAUCCGGAGCACGGCGCGCAAGACCAAACGCGACAAGGAGGAGCUGAGGGCCCAGCGGAGGAGGGAACGCUCCAAAACCCCCCCCAGCAACCUCUCCCCCAUCGAGGACGCCUCCCCCACUGAGGAGCUGCGGCAGGCAGCGGAGAUGGAGGAGCUGCAUCGCUCUUCCUGCUCUGAGUACUCGCCCUCCAUUGACUCAGAGGCUGAGAGCUUUGAUGCUGUGACCUCCAAGCUAUACAAGUCGGGCAGUGAGUACAAUCUGCCCACCUUCAUGUCACUGUACUCCCCAACAGAGAAGGGGGAGAGCGGCCCCAGCCAGCCUGCCAGCAAGCCCCUCAAGAGUGCUGAGGAAGCCUACGAGGAGAUGAUGCGGAAGGCAGAGAUGAUGCAGAAGCAGCAGGUCCAGCAGACCCAACCAAACGUUUCCUAUGGCAGCACCUACCAGCAGGUUGGCUACCGUGGUACCGAGGGCCAGAACAGCUUUGAGUACCAGUACUCUGAGGACUACCAGUAUGAUGGUGGCCCCACGCACCCCUCCCAGCCUGGCUAUUCCAGCGCCCUGCCGAAGGUAGGAGGAGUGUAUGAGGAAAUUCUGCAGACCUCCCAAAGCAUCUCCAGGAUGCACCGGUCCUCUUCCUUUGACUUGGCCCUCGAGCAGGGAGAGAAGGUGAAGGGGCAGGAAGAGGCAUACCAGGAGAAGCACUUUCUUAACACCGAGAGCGCCUACGCUGACCUGAUGAGGCAGAAUGGUGGCCCACUUACCCCUGGCACCAGCCCCACACAGCUCUCUGCUCCUGUCUCCUUUGCCACUUCUGACAGCAGCACAGGGAAGAUCAUUCCUGACGUACGGGUCACCCAGCAUUUUGCGAAGGAGGGGCAAGAUUUGGCCAAGAGUGCCCCAGCAGCACCCAGCCCAGCGUCCAAGGCUGCCACCACUCCUUACACCUACGGCAAAGACAGCAAAGGUGCCAGCACAGUGACAACAGCAGCAGGUGGUCCAGGGAGUAUGUCACGGAGCUACAGCUCCCCAGCACCAGAGGCCCCAUCAGUAGCCAGCAGAAGCUACAGUCCAGCAAAGAGCACCGUCAGCUACGGCUCACAGACAGAGGACACUGGCAGAAGCAAAGCAGUGGUGGAGAUCAGUGUGCAGACUGCCAGGGAGAAAGUCCCAGCUGCCAGCGACAGCAAGGCCACACCACCCAAGGCGUACUCAUUCUUCAAGAGCUCCAGCCCUCCACUCUCGCCCACCUCCCCCACGAUGAGUCCCACCCAUGCCACAAAGGCCACAGCAGAAUUUUCCACACAGACGCAGAGCCCUCUCCACCCCUACGAGGGUCACACAGCAGGUGGCUCUUCACCCAUGGUGGCCCAGGGGACGCAGACCCCACACCGUACGGGCUCACCGCGCCUGGCCCGGCAGCCCUCCUCACAGGAUGCCCCCUUCAUGCUGAUCACACUGGCAACCGAUGCAGCCAGCCAAACCAAGCCAGUCACCUCUGGCUCCCCAACUUCCCCCACCUCAUCCCCCACCAGGCCCAGCCGGCAGCUACUAGCACACGGCUACAGCCAGACGCCAGAGCCAGAGCAGCCACCAGGUACCUACAUCAGGGCACAGCCAGUGAAGGAACACACCCAGAAAGCACCUGCCAUGACUUCAGCCACUGAUGGCAUCACAGGGCUGUAUGGCUGGGGAGCGCUCCCCGCAGAAAACAUCUCACUCUGCCGCAUCUCCUCCAUCCCUGGCACGUCUCGAGUGGAGCCAGGGCCCAAGGCACCAAGCACCAACGCUGUGGACUUACGGACGGCACUGAAGUCUGCCCCCAUCAUCAUAACUGACCAAGGCAUGGAUCUCACCUCCUUGGCUACUGAGGCCAGGAAGUACUGCCUGACCUUGGACCACAUUCCGAGCCGGCAGUCCACAGCCAUCCAGCCUUUGAUCAUCAAUCUCAAUGCCCAGGAGCAGCCCCAUGCUAUUAUUGCAGCAGCCAGCACUGCCGGUCUGGCCAUUGCUUCCCCUGUGCUCCUCUCACAGGCCAAGCAGCCCAUGGUCUAUGGAGACCCUUUCCAGACCCGAGUGGACUUUGGGCAGGGGAGUGGGAGCCCAGUGUGCUUGGCACAGGUGAAGCAGGUGGAGCAGGGCGUCCAGACAGCCACUGUCAGAGCGAGCGGGGCAGGCAGCAGUAAGCCCGAGCCCACUGCUCCCACUCAGACCAAAUUUGCAAGGUAUGGCAUGCCAGGCCAGAUGGUGAAGAAGGAUGUGCUCAUCUCGCAGACUGGUGGGGCACAGAAUGUUGGUGGCCUCCCGCAGGCCUUCCCACCAGAGCCGGGCUCAGAGCAGUACCGGGCAGUGCCAGUGGAACUGAAGAGCCAGAGUCCUCUCCUUGCCCUGGGUGGCAAGAAGUCACAGGUGAUGAUGGUGCAGAUGGAGGAGGCAGCUGGUCCAGUGACCAAAGUGCUGAAGGAGGAGCAACCAGCCAGUGUGCUGGACCUCACAGGAAUGAAGCCAGAGAGCCAAGUGGCCUGCUGUGACAUGGUCUACAAGUUCCCCUUUGGUGGCAGCUGCACUGGCGCUUUCAAUCCCACCUCCAAAAUUCCAGAGAAGAAAACCGGGGAGGCGGCAGCGCCCAGCCGGAAAGCCAGCGGGCCCCUCUAUGGCAGCAGAGAACCAGAGCUGCCAGAGACCUUCCCCUACCGGGAACAGCCAGCUCCAGCACCUGCACUCUAUGAGGAGCCAAAGUUUUACCCCACUGGUGCCUUUGGCCGCCUCUACUCCUCCAUGUCGGAUACGAACCUCUCUGAAAUCGGAAUGAACUACUACCCCAUAAGGGGGGAUCAGCCCUUUGCUUCCCCAGCAGGGGACGCUGCUGUGGACCUCAGCACCAUGAAGCACUCCUACAGUGUGGGCUUCGCCGAAGGGGGUUACCUGGGCCAGGGGCUGCAGUACGGCUCCUUCUCUGACCUCCGCCAGCCAGCAGACCUGCUGGGCCACCCGCUUCCCAUGAGGAGGUACAGCUCAGUCUCCAACAUCUACUCUGACUACCGCUUCUCACCCCGAGGGGACCUGGCCAGCUUCCAGGAGUCCAGCCUGGCCCACUACAGUGCCACCACUGCACGUGAGAUCAGCCGCAUGUGUGCUGCCCUCAACUCUAUGGACCAGUACGGGGGCCGGCACGCCAACGGCCCUGACCUGCUGCCCUAUGGCCCCAGCGCCGGGUCAGGGGGCACAGGGGGGCUGGCAGUUCAGCAGCAGGGCCCCACACCUCCUAAACCUAGCGGGAUGUACAACCCCACAUUUCCUGAGGGGCGGCAGGGCUUGGGCAGCCUAGCGCAGUACAACGUCCCCGGUGUCCGCCUGGGCACCGUCCGGCAGAUGUUCCCAUCUACUGCCACGGUGCGGGCGGCUGACGGCAUGAUUUACUCCACCAUCAACACACCCAUUGCCUCCACGCUGCCCAUCACCACCCAGCCAGCCUCAGUGAUGCGGCCCAUGAUGCGGGGCCUGUACCGGCCCUAUGGCACAGGUGGCAUGACAGCUGUCCCACUGGCCAGCCUGGCCAGGCUGCCAGUUGUCACCCCUCGUGUCCCCCUGGCAGCACAGGGCAUCUACCGCUACCCAGCCCCUGGCAGGCCAGCCCCGGCGACCUCGCUGAUGGAGACACCGGUCUACUUGGGCAAGGCUGUCAGCACAGCACCGCAGCCCACUGGUCCCACUCCCAAAGCUCCUGCUGCGCCCACCACCCCCGCCAGCGGCUUGCAGCGAGCAGAGCCAGCAGGGGCCACUUCCCGCACUGAGGGUCCAGUGGCACCUGCAGCACCAGCAGCUGGCAAGGAGGGUGGGCAGGCAGCUGCAGUGCCCAAGCCAGCAGUGAAUGGGGCUCAGCGUGAGGAGCGGGAGCGUGAAGAGGAACGGCAGCGGAAGCAGCAGGAGCACGUGCUGCAGCUGGAGCGGGAACGCGUGGAGCUGGAGAAGCUGCGCCAGCUGCGGCUGCAGGAGGAGCUGGAGCGGGAGCGUGCAGAGUUGCAGCGGCACCGGGAAAAGGAGCAGAUGCUGGUGCAGCGGGAGCUGCAGGAGCUGCAGUGCAUCAAGCAGCAGGUGCUGCAGCAGCAGCAGGAGGAGCGGCACGCACAGCUGGCACUGCAGCGGGAGCAGCUUGCCCAGCAACGCCUGCAGCUGGAGCACAUCCACCAGCUCCAGCACCAGCUGCAGCAGCAGCUGGAGGAGCAGAAGCGGCAGAAGAGCACCUUCCCUGAGCCCACUGCCCGCCCACCUGAGGGGCCCACCGAGGUACCACGGGGACCAAUGCACAAUGGGCAAGCCUGGCCCCCACCAAGCCAGGGACCACCAGAAGGGCCCCCCGGCUCCCGGUACCCCACUCCACAGCGGCCGCUCAGCAGCUCAGUCUCCGACAUGUCGCUGCAAGCCGACGAGUCCUGGGAACCUGGCCGGGGAAUCAAGAAGAGGAACUCGAUGCCACGGCUGCGGGAUGCCUAUGAGAAGGAGGCCAUGGCGGCGAGGAAGACAGCAGACAGCAGUGUACAGACAGAUGAGGAGGAUGGUGAGGAGCGGUACCUGCUGUCACGGCGGCGGCGGACGCGGCGUAGUGCUGACUGCAGUGUGCAAACAGAUGAGGAGGACAGUGGGGAAUGGGAGCAGCCUGUACGCCGCCGGCGCUCCCGGCCUUCCAGGCAUGCUGAGGCCAGUGCCGAGGGCAAGGCGGAGGGGACGUCUCGUGCUAUGGCCAGUGUGGGCAUCCAGACCAUCAGCGACUGCUCGGUGCAGACAGAACCUGAUCAGCUCCUCCGUGUCUCCCCCUCCAUCCACAUCACCACCCAUGACCCCAGGGUGGAGAUUGUCAAGUACAUCUCAGCCCCAGAGAAGACACAACGGGGUGAGAGUCUGGCCUGCCAAACAGAGCCAGAGCCAGCCCCCCAGCCUGGUGUCGUGGUCCCCCAGCUGACGGUGCCCACCACCAUUCAGCCCUACUCCACCAACAUGCAGAUGGUGAGUGCAGGCCCCCUGGAUCCCCAUGCCAUCCGGCAACAGACCCUGGGAAAGUUUGAGAAGAAGAAACCAGAUCCCCUGGAAAUCGGCUACCAGUCCCAUCUGCCAGCUGAGUCCCUCUCACAACUGGUGACCCGCCAGCCGCCCCGCUCUCCCCAGGUCCUCUACUCACCUGUCUCCCCCCUCUCUCCCCACCGCCUCCUGGAGUCCUCCUUUGCCACCAGCGAGCGGCUGAACAAGGCUCACGUCCCCCCUCAGAAGCACUUCACCGCUGACACGGCCCAGCGCCAGCAGACGCUCCCACGCCCCAUCAAGACCAUGCAGCGCUCCCUCUCCGACCCCAAGCCCAUCAGCCCCACUGCUGAAGAGGCCGGCAAGGACAGAUUCUCCCUCUACCAGCACCCACUACUCUCAGGCACCCAGGUUGGGGGACUGCAGUCAAGCCCACUGGCACGCAAGGUGAAGCGGACACUGCCCAGCCCACCACCUGAGGAGCCCCACGUCCCCCUGGCCAGUCCAGCCACCUCCCAGCUCUACCUGAGCAGCCUGGCUAGCAAGGCCACUGCACCGGUCACCAAGGCCAGCCUGCUGAAGGAGCUGGACCGCGACCUGAAGCUGGUAGAGCACGAAGCCACCAAGCUGCGGAAGAAGCAGGCAGAACUAGAUGAAGAGGAGAAGGAGAUUGACGCCAAGCUGAAGUACCUGGAGCUGGGAAUCACCCAACGCAAGGAGUCACUGCUGAAAGAGCGGGGGGGCGUCCAGGACCACCCCUACCUGCGCUACCCUGGGGACCGCCGUGACUACCUGUCCGACAGUGAGCUGCACAGCCUGCGCCUGGCUGCCUACGAAGGUGCUGGCCUGCGGCCCACACCUGCUGGGCAGUACCCUGACUACACCGCCACCGCUGCCUCCUAUGGGGCCUACCCCUACCCGGCCCCACCAGGCCCUGCCGCCUUCCCACCUGCACGCCUGCAGCCCCCACAGUACCCCGCAGCCAGCACUGUGCCGGAUGGCUUGCCAGCAGCCCCUCUGCCUGCCUUUGCCUCGCCUGGCACCUUCCCAGCCUCCAGCACUGCGUACCCAGAGCUGGCCACCCCAGCCCAGCCGGGCUUCCGGCCUCCAAACCCCUACCAAGCCCCCAGCGCCUUCGCGGGGGCAGCCAGCGUGCCAGCAGCACAGCCUGCCCUUUUCCAGGGCCCAGCGGACGUAGCUGGUGGGCACCAGAAGCCACGGCAGACCUCACUGGCUGACCUGGAGCAGAAGAUCCCUACCAACUACGAGGUCAUCAGUGCAGCCACGAGCUCUUCCACCAUUCCUGAUGUCAGCUUCAGUGCUGCAACAGUGAGCAGCAGCUACGAGCAGUACAAGGCACCUGAGACCCGGCCAGCCGAGAGAGGUGGUGCAGCACAGGGUCCCUCAGCCAGCUUCUCUUCUGAGUCCCUUUACACCAACCUGGAGCAGAACAUACCCCGUAACUAUGUGAUGAUUGAGGACAUCAGUGAGCUCACCAAGGAGAGCCCAGCGGUGGAAGGGCAGAAAGUGGAUCCAGCAGGCACAGGUACCGACAUCCGCCACAGCAGAGAGAAAAGCGAGCUGGGAGACACUGAGGGCUCCAGCCGGCCCUGCUGCUACACCAGAGCCGAGGAGGAGUCUGAGGAGGACAUCUAUGACCACCAUGGCCCUGACUAUCGAGGGAAGAACAGCUACCACCGGGGCAUGGAAAGCAAUGGCAGGAUGUCGGGUAGCUCCGUUGGGUCAUCCUACUACUAUGGCGAUGGUGACUACCGGCAUUCUUCACGGGCAGACAAGCACAGCUCCAGCAUGGCACUGCCAAAGCAUUCCUCCAAGAACCUGGCACCCGCUGUUGUCUCCUCAAAGCGCAGCAAGCACAGGAAGCAGGGCAUGGAGCAGAAGAUCUCCAAGUUCUCCCCCAUCGAAGAAGCCAAAGAUGUGGAGUCAGACCUGGCCUCCUAUGGAGCAACAACCGCAGUUGGCAGCAGCAAUGUGGCCUCCAGGGCCAAGAAGCUGCAAGAUGAGAUCACCCAUGGCCUGAAGAAGAAUGUCUAUGAGCAGCAGAAAUACUAUGGUGUCUCCAGCCGGGAUCUGGUUGACGAGGAGGAGCGGGUCUACUCUGCCAGCAGCAGAACUCGCUCCUCAGGCUAUGGGGUAGAAAAGUCCUCUGGCCGUGAGGUGGGCGGCCGGAGCAAGUCCUAUGAGCGGGAGGUUGUGGAGCGCUCCCAGAAAGGUGGCUCCAAGCCCUCAUCCCUCGGCAUGAGCCAGAGCCGUGGGCGGGCCCCCAUCCGCACACAGCCCUCAGAGGAGGAGAGCCCUGUCAGCCCCCUGGGGAAGUCAGUGGGGGGGUCACGCACUGCAGGGGGGCCAGGACCCCAGUCAGCUGGGGACCCCUGCUCCCAGUUCUGCUCCAGCCACUCGUUGCCUGAUGUGCAAGAGCACAUCAAAGAUGUGCCAAGGAGUCACUCGUACAAGCACGAGGAGGGCUACGGCAUGGAUGAUGCCCAUUGCGUUGUCUCUGACAGUGAAGCCUAUCAUUUGGGUCAGGAGGAGACAGACUGGUUUGAUAAACCCAGGGAGGCGCGGGCGGAGAGGGUCAGGCACUACGGUGGCCACUCUUCCUCACAGAAGAGACCCCCAGUUAAGCACACCUACCAUGACUAUGAUGAGCCCCCUGAUGAGGACCCAUGGCAGCAUGAUGACUACCCCCAGCACCGUGAGCAUCGGCACCAUGGGGAGUAUGGGCGCCAUUCCAGCACCUCCCGGCAUGCCAGUGAUGAGCCCCCACGCCGCUCAUCCAAGCAGCACCCGCGGGAUCCCAGCCGCCACGAGCCCCGUGGCCACGGGCCGCCGGCCACCUCCAAGAAGGCCCAGCAGCCUGAGUCCCGUGCGUCCUACAGCUCUGGCACCUCUGACUACUCCACUUCGUCCCGUUCCUCUGCUCACCACCAUGGUGCUGAGCCUCCCAAGACACAGAAGACUCCCCAGCCGCACGGGUCAGCAGCACCGAAGUCAGAGCCCCUCUCACACCCACAGCAGCCGGCAGCGAGGCAGCAGCAGGCAGGGCAGCAGGCAGCGCGGCAACAGCCAGGAGCACGACAGACUGCCCAGCCGGUGGGCUCAGCACAGCCCGAGGCCAGGGGCAGGGCGCAGGGACCCCCAUCAUCCCGGCCACCACAGCAGCAGCCUGGACCAGCCCAGGCGACAGGGAAAGCACCGGCCACACACCACGCACAGCCAGGCGGGCACCCAACACCAGCGCCAAAAGCAGAGCAGACGGAUACAACCAAACCCACAACGAAAGUGCCACAGCAGCCAGGGAGAGCUCCCACCAGACCCAUUCCCUACUAA